UCGGUUUUUGUCCCUCCUCCUCUUUCUUCCGCAGCCACAGAGCAGAGAAGCUUGUUGCAGGUUGCCAUCAAGAUCAUUGAUAAGACCCAGCUGGAUGAAGAAAACCUCAAGAAGAUCUUCAGAGAAGUUCAGAUCAUGAAGAUGCUGUGCCACCCGCACAUCAUCCGACUGUAUCAGGUUAUGGAGACGGAGCGAAUGAUUUAUCUGGUGACCGAAUAUGCCAGUGGAGGGGAAAUAUUUGAUCAUCUGGUGGCUCACGGCCGAAUGGCUGAAAAGGAAGCCCGGAAGAAGUUCAAGCAGAUAGUGGCCGCUGUCCAUUUUUGCCACUGCCACAACAUCGUCCACAGAGACCUCAAGGCAGAGAACUUACUUCUGGAUGCCAAUCUGAAUAUCAAAAUAGCAGAUUUUGGAUUCAGUAACAUCUUUACACCUGGCCAGCUGCUGAAGACCUGGUGCGGAAGCCCUCCUUAUGCAGCCCCUGAACUGUUUGAAGGGAAGGAGUACGAUGGGCCAAAGGUGGACAUCUGGAGCCUGGGUGUGGUGCUCUACGUGCUGGUCUGCGGAGCCCUGCCUUUUGACGGGAGCACGCUGCAGAACCUGCGGGCGAGGGUGCUGAGCGGGAAGUUCCGCAUUCCUUUCUUCAUGUCCACAGAAUGCGAGCACUUGAUCCGCCACAUGCUGGUGCUGGAGCCGAGCAGGCGGCUCUCCAUGGAGCAGAUCUGCAAACACAAGUGGAUGAAGCUCGGCGAGGCCGAUGCCGAAUUCGACACGCUGAUUGCCGAGUGCCAGCACCUGAAGGUCGAGAGGCAGAUGGAGCCCCUGAACGACGAGGUGCUGCUGGCCAUGGCUGAGAUGGGUCUGGACAAAGAGCGCACCCUCCAGUCCUUAAGAACCGACGCCUACGAUCACUACAGUGCCAUCUACAGCCUGCUCUGCGAUCGCCUGAAGAGGCAUAAGAACCUGCGCAUUUCCACCCAGCCUAGCCUUCCGCGGAGCCUGGCCUUCCCAGCACCAGCGGGCAUCCAGACGGAGCAGCCAGGCAGCACGGUGGGCCUCAGUGUCCCCCAGGUGCAGCUGAUCAACCCAGAAAACCAAAUCGUGGAGACGGAUGGAACCAUGAACCUGGACAGUGACGAAGGGGAAGAGCCCUCUCCGGAAGCUCUGGUCCGCUAUCUCUCCAUGAGGAGGCACACCGUGGGGGUGGCUGACCCUCGCACCGAAGUCAUGGAGGAUCUCCAGAAGCUGCUGCUGCUGCCGCCAGGAUCUCCCCGUGUCACGCCACAGGCUCCCUUCCUCCAGGUGGCCCCCAACAUCAACGUGGCCGCCAACAUGCUUCCCCUGCAGCACCUGCAGCCCACCGGCCAGCUGGAGUACAAGGAGCAGUCGUUGCUGCAGCCCCCAACUCUCCAGCUGCUGAACGGGAUGGGGCCCCUCGGACGGAGGGCCUCAGAUGGGGGAGCCAAUAUCCAGCUCCAUGCCCAGCAGCUCUUGAAGCGCCCCCGGGGCCCAUCGCCGCUUGUCACCAUGACGCCAGCAGUGUCCGCCGUGACCCCCGUGGAUGAAGAGAGUUCAGAUGGGGAGCCAGAUCAGUGGAGCGUGCAAAGAUACUUGGCCCAUAGGUCCAAAAGGCACACCCUGGCAAUGACCAACCCCACUGCGGAAAUCCCGCCCGACUUGCAGAGGCAGCUAGGACAGCAGCCCUUCCGCUCCCGGGCUCCGCACCUGGCACCCGACCAGCACCGCUACAUCUAUAAGGAUUCCAACACGCUGCACCUCCCCACGGAGCGCUUCUCCCCGGUCCGCCGCUUCUCUGACGGGGCUGCCAGCAUCCAGGCGUUCAAGGCCCAGCUGGAAAAGAUGGGCAACCACAGCAGCAUCAAGCAGCUCCAGCAGGAAUGUGAGCAGCUCCAGAAGAUGUACGGGGGCCACAUCGAUGAGCGGACCUUGGAGAAGACCCAGCAGCAGCAUAUCUUGUACCAGCAGGAGCAGCAUCACCAGAUCCUUCAGCAGCAGAUCCAGGAUUGUGUCUGCCCUCCUCAGCCCUCUCCGCCCCUCCAAGCUCCAGGGGAAAACCAGCCUGCGCUGCUCACUCACCAGCUCCAGAGGCUACGGAUCCAGCCCUCCAGCCCCCCUCCCACCCACCCUAGCAACCCCCUCUUCAGGCAGACGGACAGUAGCUCCCCUCCGGUCAGCAGCAGCAUGCUCCAGGGCCAUGGUGCCACCUCGCCAUCACAGUUCCAGGGGAUGCCUGCCCACGGAGCCCUCUUCCAGCAGCAGCAGCAACAGGCUGGCAACUGCUCCCCUCCCCCCAGCCUACCCCUCUCCUGCCUGGGGGUGCAGCAGCCGGGCCAGGGGCCUCCGGUCAGCAUGCAAGUGCAGGAUCCUGGAGAGGUGGUGGGCAACAGCCUGCUACAGGCUGGGCGUGGCAUGCCGAUUGCUCCCAGUGCCAACCAGUUGCAGAUGCACCAACGUGCCAGCCUGCUGGCCUCCUUGGCUUAUGGACACAGACCUCUCUCCAAGCAGCUCAGCGCAGACAGUGCGGAGUCACACAGGUAUCCGUCCGUUGGUUAUGACCAGGUGCUUCUGCCUCCCCACCUGUUCCCUGAGCAGGCCCGUGUCUCGCCCGGCAGCUACAGCCCAGCCACGACAGCCGUGGGCUUCCCUCCUGCCCAGGCCCUGAAAGUCCCGCCGCUGGAGCCGUUUCCCCACUUCCCCCACGGUGCCCAGCAGGGGCAGCCGCCGCCGCCGCAGGGGCAGCACUACGCCGCCUCGGCCCUCCAGCAGGCGCUGCUCUCCCCGACCCCGCCCGACUACAGCCGGCACCAGCAGGUCCCGCACAUCCUGCAGGGGCUGCUCUCCCCUCGGCACUCGCUCACCGGCCACGCCGACCUGCGGCUGCCCCAGGCAGAGGUGGCUCAGCUGCUCAAGCGGCGGCAGCAGCAACAGCAGCAACAACAGCAGCAGCAGCAGCAGCAAGAGUUCCAGGAGCUGAUCCGGCACAUGAGCCAGGGGGAGACCGGACACGUGGCCAGCGGGGCCCCCCAGAGACCCUCGGACCGCCAAGCGCUAUCUUUGCCUUAUCCGAACGCUGACCCCUACCUCCCCCACCGCCCUCAUCACCCGCACACCAGCCCCCAGGCCCUCCUCAAAGUGAGGGCGCACGACGGCCUCCAGCAGGUGCCGGCCUCGGUGGUGGCCCACGGCUACGCCCACCAGCCCGCCCUGGUCCACUCGGAGAGCAUGGAGGAGGAAGCGGGCUGCCUGUGCCAGGGGGGCCGGGACGGCUUUUCCGGCCAUAAGGCCAGAGGUUGCCACGAGGCCCAGCUGCUCUUAAGCGUCGGGAGCCCUGGGGACGCGGACUCUCUGUUUGGGACUGUGAAGCCCGAGCAGGAGCUGGGGGCGCAUCCUUACAGGCGCCAGCCGGCCGGCACAUCCUUUUGUCGGAGCGAGGUGCCCUUCAGAGAUCCCAUGGCCACAGGUUGCAUGGAAAGGAACUCGCCAGGGCACAUGGAAACGGCCGAUGCCGAGGGGCUGGGGGACUACUCCUCCUCCACCCGGGGGAUUCCCAGCACGCAUCACAGAGCCCGGCCCCUCCAGAGACACCACACGAUUCAGAGCAGCGGCGAUGCCUAUGUGCAACUGGACACUCUUCCAGGCAUGAGCCUCAUGGCAGGGAAGGCGCUCAGCUCUGCCCGCAUGUCUGACGCUGUGCUCAGCCAGUCUUCGCUCAUGGGCAGCCAGCCGCUCCAUGACCGGGAGAGGGAUGAUGGUGGGGAGAGUUUGGAAGGGGACGAGCAGCCGGAUCUGGGGGAGGGCAGCCAGCACCUCAAUGCCGCCUGUUACCCCUCCACGUGUCUUACGGACGUCCUGCUGAGCUACAAGCACCCGGAGGUUCCCUUCGGGAUGGAACAGGCUGGGGUCUAGAGGAGAAGGGGUCUGUACAGCUUUGAAACAAAAACGGUCCAUUUCAAACCAAUAGUAUCACGCAGCAUCGCGCCAAAUGGCCGUAGCAUUUCUCCUGGACAGAAAUUGUGCGGCAACAGCAGCGGCAGCGGUGGUGGUGGCAGCUCCUCCUCUUCCUCGGCCUUCCUCCACCUCGGCUGCCUCCUCCUCCUCCUCCUCCGUUGAGCAGUGUGCCUGUUCCUUUCGGAUGUUUAUGACGUAUUGCCAUCUUCAUCCUCUGUGAUGCCAGCUGUUCUCCAGGAGGCAGAGGGCUCCUCCUUGCCUGGCCCUGCAGGGGGGCCCCCAGGACAGCUGCUGUCUGGGGGGGCACCCUGCCUUGCCCAGCAAAGCUGAUUGGGGGGGGGGCGUGCUGAAAGCGAUGCAGCGUCUCACCCACCAGCGAGCAAUAAGCAGACGUUUGAGGUGGGCCUGCCUUGCCCAGUGCUUGCCAGGCCCCGGCAGAGCGGCUGGAGGGGCCGGGGCUGGUCGAGAAGCGGAGGCGCUGGUCCGACCGAUGCCUGCCUGCUGGCCCUGGCCUGGCCUGGCCCCUUUCUUCCCUCCCUCUCUGCCACCCUCCCUGCCACGCCAACUCAGGCUUCUCCUCCUCCUCACCGGCACUGGUGCAAUAUUGCUUUUGUGCAUCUUUUUGUUUGUCUUUCCCCGUUUUUAUA